UGGGCAACAAAUCAAACUUUUGGAUCCAUCUUUAGUUCUUCCAUUAAUUAAUUAAUUAAGCAAAUGGAGAUGGAAACGAUUCCUAACGGCAGUUCGCCGUCAUCCACCACCACUACCACCACCCCUUCCUUUACCCCAACCACCGCCACGUCACCUAACACUCCGUCAUCAAAACUGAACCGACUUUCCGAAUCGAUGAAAUUAGAACACCAGUUCCUUCGUGUCCCUUUCGAGCAUUAUAAAAAGUCGAUCCGUGCUAAUCACCGUAUUACUGAGAAGGAAAUUACCGCUGUUAUUAACGGCGUUAAUGAUGCCGUUGAUUCUGAUGAUCCUGUUAAUCAACUUAAUUCACUUGUUUCUAGGUUACAAGGACUCAAACGAAAGUUGGAAGAGGGGAGUCGAACAGAGAACCUGCAAGCGCAUAGAUGCAGAGCACGGCUAGAUCAUCUAGAAUCUGCCGAUCCAGAAAAUUUAUCUGACUGGAAUAACAUUCGUUUGAAGAGGAUACUGGUGGAUUACAUGCUGCGGAUGUCAUAUUAUGACACUGCUGUGAAGCUUGCUGAAAGCAGUAACAUCCAGGAUCUUGUUGACAUAGACGUCUUUCAUGAAGCAAAAAAGGUCAUUGACGCUCUCCAAAACAAGGAGGUAACUCCUGCUUUAGCCUGGUGCGCUGAUAAUAAAUCCAGGCUAAAGAAAUCAAAGAGCAAAUUUGAAUUCCAGCUGAGAUUGCAAGAGUUCAUAGAGUUGGUAAGAGCUGAAAACAUGAUGCGGGCCAUUACAUAUGCUCGGAAAUAUCUUGCACCUUGGGGUUCUACCCAUAUGAAAGAGUUGCAGCGGGUCUUGGCGACACUUGCUUUCAAGAGUAAUACUGAAUGUACGACUUACAAGGCUUUAUUUGAACCAAAGCAAUGGGAGUACUUAAUUGACCAAUUCAAACAAGAGUUCUGCAAGUUAUAUGGCAUGACACUUGAACCUUUGCUGAAUAUAUAUCUGCAAGCAGGGCUGUCUGCAUUGAAAACUCCAUUCUGUUACGAAGAUGAUUGCACAAAGGAGGAUCCUUUAUCACAGGAGAGCUUCCGUAAAUUAGCAUCCCCACUACCAUAUUCAAAGCAGCAUCACUCGAAGCUCGUUUGCUACAUAACCAAAGAACUGAUGGAUACUGAAAAUCCACCCCUUGUAUUGCCUAAUGGCCACGUCUACAGUACCAAGGCACUUGAAGAAAUGUCCAAGCGGAAUGAUGGCAGAAUAAUAUGUCCUAGAACAGGCGACACCUGCAACUACACAGAGCUGGUUAAGGCCUACAUUUCAUGAGUUUCUGUUUUCAUUGGACUGUCCAUCGCCGGAGAUCGUUGGUUGUGAUCAACUCCCAAACAAGAAAACUUGCUCUGGGAGAUUUCAAGUCCCUAUGACUUCAUGUUUAGGGGACUACUGUAUAUAUGGAAACCACCAAGUCUGUAAUCCUUGCAAGCAAGCUGAAAAUUUAUAAGGAUGUUAACUUUCAAUGGA